AUGAUAUCUUCAUUACCCAUAACUAUAUUUUAUCCUGCUCUUGAUGUAAUAACAAAGGACCUUCAUACGACAGCAUCCGCAGUCAAUUUAGGCGUUUCCGGAUAUAAACUGAUUCAAGCUUUCGCUCCAACAUUAUGGGGACCACUAUCUGACCAGUGGGGCCGACGCCCACUUUAUAUCAUAACAAUGCCAGUAGCGGCUGCUGCGUGCGCAGGAAUUGGGGCCUCCUCAACGGUUUAUACUCUCAUUGUAUUACGAAUGCUGCAAGCUUUUGCUGGAAGUGCUAUUCCCGUCACUGGGUCCGGUGUCAUUACGGAUAUAUCAACACCUGCAACGCGAGCCGGGUACAGCUCAUACGGUAGUCUCGGGUACAAAAUCUCCCUGGUGUCAGGGCCAAUACUCGGUGGGAUUAUCACUCAACAUCUUUCAUGGCGCUGGAUAUUUUGGGUGUUGCCCUGCUUUAUUGGAUCUGUGUUUCUCAUAGUUGUCAUGUUUCUCCCAGAAACCCUCCCUGCAUUAGCAGGUAGGGGGUAUAACCCAACGCCUCUACAAUGGAUCCAAAGCAAGAUGAGCAACAAGCAUCACUAUCAUGCCAUUGAGCUUGUUUCUACCAGUAUCACCACUUUCUCUGCUGAGGAUCCGGAUGAUGCUGUCGCCGUUGCUACAACAAAUCGCUUCAGGAAGGUGCCAAGUUUUCAUGUCCCGUUCCACAACUUAUUGGAGCCAGAUAUUCUCGUUGCUAUGCUAAUCUCGGCCUCGUACUUUGGUGCUAAAUCUUGUUACCUCGUCAACAUGUCAUAUUUAUUCAGGAGCUAUUAUCACUUGAACGUACAAAACACCAGCCUGUGUUUUCUUGCCCAAAGCAUCGGGACUGUUGCGAGUGGCUUUAUCGUGAGCCCUUUUCUCAACCGGACAUUUCCAGAAAGGGACAAUGGAUCUUCAAUGAAAAAGUGUAACAAAGUCAAUGGGCGAAACCUUCCAGUAGACUUUCCAAUUUACAGAGCACGGUUGUUGUAUAUCUGGUACCAUGCCAUUAGCGCCCAGAUAUUGACAGCAAUACACGGCUGGAUUUUUCUUUUGAACGCGCCCGUGGCUGUUCCACUAGUCCUUCAAUUCUUCUUGAGCAUCAACAUAGCCUUUGUGAACUCCGGAGUGAGAUGUUUGGUUAUGGAUCUUCGUCCUGCAAAAGGUGCUUCAACUGCUGCCAGCCUUACUAUGGUUCGCCUGCUGUUUUCUGCCAUUGGAACCGCCCUGGUUGAUCCUCUUAUGACGGCUGUUGGUGUUGGGUGGAUGUAUACCUUAUUGGGUGCGUUUCUCACAAUUUCAAAUAUUUUAUUACUGAUACUAUUGAACUACGGCCCAGCAUGGCGUUUCAGAAGGGAGCAAAUGUAA